GAUUAGGUCCAACUGAAGUGUCAUAUCAGCGUUAUCGUACUACAGCCGCUGAGAUGACUCACUCAUCCAUACUUUACUUCCCCACAGGAUUGACAACCAACCCAUCUGUCACCGUCCGUGUCACAAUCUCGUUGAGGAGGCCAAUUCAACAAUCUCUUGUGCAGACUAUUUUUCGACGCUUUGUUUCUACUUCCUUCAGUCCUCAUGUGGUGGACGAUCUACCUGUUCAUACGUAGAUUCGCCAUCGUUUCCUUGACGUCUAGGCCAGUGGCAUUCAGCGUUUGACCUUAAAGCGAAAUGAUUUGUCCCUCGCUCGUACUUAGGGUUAGUCCGCUUUCUGUAGAUGAGAUUAACGCAAGACUCGAGGCAAGUCAAGGCCUUUCCAUCAGCCGUAGCUCCUGAUCACUACAACUUCAUUACCGCCUUGGUCUCAAAUUCCAUCAAGGGGCCAUCGUCGCCGCCAGCAAUCAGAUCGCCACCCCUGUAAAAUGGAUCGAUUAUCCAAUAUUUGUUUUGUUUUGUGUGGUCAGUCAUACACUCACAGCUCUCGUAUGCUUUUCAUCAUUCGCUUUCGGUUCUCUGCAGAUCUUGUGUAGCACAAGGCGGCGACAUUAUUUCGCUGUCUGCAAUAAAUAUGUUCUGCAGUCGUGGCUUAAGGUGGGGCUACAUAAUUUGCAUCGUGAUGCGGAUAUUUGCGCCAUGAAGCCCUAAUUAUUCGGUCAAACGUUAUGUGCUUCUGCUCGUACGCAGUGAUGUGGUUUCUCUUCAACAGCAUCCUCACGCAAGAUUAUUGCUCGUACAAAUUCACAAUCAUCGGGCGGUCGUGGGGAUCAACUCAUCCCAUCAUCAUGCGUGUGCAGGAAACCAUGUUGUGUCCUGUCUACAAUAGCUUCAUCUCGUCACAGUCGUUCACCGAUAAUUGAUAGCUCCUGUGCACAGGUAUUCUUAUAAUUCAAUACGUCUCUUGCCCAUCUUGUGCGUCGGGGAACGUUAUCACUCACUCAAAGGACGUUACUGCUUCUGAUAGUUACGAGUGUUGCAUGGAAUGAGAUCAUGUGGUAUUCGAUCCGAAGAUUUUCUUAGUGGCCGCAUCCACUGAACUGAAAAACUGUCUGGUGUCGUGAUUGUUUACAACGCAUAACGUUUAUUGUACAAUCGUUGUGCACACAUCAACACGCCUUGGCUCUCUCCUGACAACGAUAUCUCAUACCUUAUGUGUCAGCUAUAGCCAGUUGAUAGUACGAUGCUUAAACUAACCAGAUGUGGAAAACAUACAAGUGUAUUCUGAUCAUAGUUACAUACAACAGCUAUCUCGACAUACAAAACACGUUUAUACGGUACAAGCUUCAAUUGUGAAGCGACCUUGAGCCCUGUGAUUCUAUCCUUCAAGCAACUCAUCAUCCCCGUCAGUAUGCCCGCGGUUCCCGCAAAGUCUGAGGAAACUCCACACGAAUGGUACGGACCUAGUGGUCCUUGC